AUGCAUCGAAUCGUGGUAUUCUCGGAAGGCGGGAAGAUACUAUGGUCUAAAGAGACUGAAGGCGGGGAAAGUAUUCCAAACUCAGUUAUCAACGCUUUGAUUGCCAAAGAAUUCAUCGAAGGCUCCAAAGUUAGCACUAUUGAUGGCUAUACAGUGAAAGUCGCUAGAGACCACCAGCUGGGGAUUUCAACUGCCUUGAUCCACCCUUCUAUCAUUCAAGUUGCACACGCGGAUUCGAUUUGCAAAGAUUUAACCAAAGUUUUCACGUCCGUUAAUGAGGACUCGCUCCGGGGCAACCCUGGAAUUCUUGCGCCAGCAGAUCUCGACCUCGAGAAGUUCACUGCUUUGGCAAGAGUGAGAUUGCAAGAUAUUGUCAACGAAUCAACACCGGUUCCCGAGACUGAAGCAGAAAACACGGUAACAGAAGGGCCAAAGAGGUCAGAAUUGCCCGCUCAAACUAAGCAGACAGCGGCAGCCAAGGCGGCAGCAGCAGCCAAGAAAAUGCAAAAGAAGAAAAAGCAGCAGCGCAAAUGGGAUGGAUCAGAAGACCAUGACGGCCCACUCGAUUAUUCUGAACCGGCGGACGAAAGCACCGCCUCCGUUUAUCAAGAAGAUGUUGAUCUAGACUACGGAAUGCAGUCCAAAGACGGGUUUGUGGUGAAGGAAUUGACAGAUGAACUUAACAACAUUCUCCGCGAGGACAAAUCCAAGAAUAGCAGCAAGGCUGAUUCCUUCUCGUUCCUCCGCAACAUUGUCGGUGGUAAGAAGCUUAGCGAGAAAGACCUCGGUAAGACUCUGUCUGCCAUGGAAGACCAUCUUGUCAAUAAAAAUGUUGCCAAAGAGGUUGCAACUUUAAUUUGUGGAGAAAUUCGCAAGGAUCUGGUUGGUAGAACUACGGACAGCUGGACUUCUGUAAACGCAACCGUCCGAAAAAGUUUGGCCCGAACUCUCCAAAAAAUCCUCACUCCUACAACGUCUGUCGAUUUGUUAUUACAGGUGAAACGGUCCAAGCAACAAGGUGGACGACCCUACGUUAUCAGUGUUGUUGGUGUCAACGGUGUGGGCAAGUCUACGAAUCUCGGCAAAAUCGCGUUCUGGCUUUUGCAAAACAAGAUGAAAGUGCUCGUAGCUGCUUGUGACACUUUUAGAAGUGGUGCAGUUGAGCAGCUUAAGGUGCAUGUUGACCGCCUGCGUCAACUCACAGAGCGUCAGAAUGCGGGCGAGGUUGAGCUGUUCUCCCAGGGCUAUGGCAAAGAUGCUGCAGUAAUUGCCCAAAAAGCCGUCGAAUAUGGCCAGUCUCAUGACUUCGAUGUAGUCCUUAUUGACACUGCCGGCCGGCGUCACAACGAUGAACGUCUCAUGUCUUCACUUGAAAAAUUCGGCAAGCUGGCAAACCCAGACAAAAUCAUUAUGGUGGGUGAAGCACUAGUCGGAACAGACAGUGUUGCACAGGCAAAGAACUUUGACUCUGCCUUCGGUGCACAACGUCACAUCGACUUUUUCCUUAUUUCAAAGUGUGACACUGUUGGUGACAUGCUCGGUACAUUGGUAAAUAUGACCUACACCACCAAAAUUCCUGUUUUGUUUGUUGGUGUUGGUCAAAAUUACACCGAUUUGCGUACUCUUUCCGUGGAUUGGGCAGUGAAUUUGCUGUUGGAAUAA